AUGUCACUCGCUGGAAGGGUUAUCAUCAUAACUGGAGGCUCCAAUGGUAUUGGAAAGGCCUGCGUGGAGCGGUUGGCUCGUGACGGCGCCAGUGUUGUCAUCAACUAUUACAGCGAUCAGUCUGGCGCGAAUGCACUCGUUUCCUCUAUUGGUGCAGAGCGUGCGCUGGCCGUACAGGCUGAUGCCAGUACAAUGGCCGGGAUAACAAAACUGGUCGACGAAACGGUGAAAAAGUUUGGUCAUAUUGAUGUCGUCAUGGCCAAUGCUGCCUCGAUGAUGAUGCGCAAUGUCGAGAACACAACUGAAGAGGAUUUUGACAAAAUGUUCAACAUGAACGUCAAGGGGCCAUACUUUCUUGCGCAGAAAGCUGCGCUGCACAUCCGUGAUGGUGGAAGCAUCAUUUUUGUUUCGACUGGCAUUUGCCAUCACUCGGUGGUCUUGCCGGAUUACCUUCUUUACGCCUCAACGAAGGGCGCGAUUGAGCAGAUGACGCGCGUCAUGUCCAAGGGUCUGGCCUCAAAGGGCAUCACCGUAAAUGCUGUUGGCCCGGGUCCCACUGCCACGGAACUGUUCUUCAAGGGCAAGAGCGAAGCUCAGCUCGAUGCCCUCAAAAAGAUGAACCCAUUUGGCCGGUUUGGCGAGCCGGCUGAGAUUGCCAACGUGGUUGCAUUCCUAGCUGGCCCUGAUAGUCGAUGGGCGUCAACGGCCCUCGCGGGCGCCGUUGUCUUCUCGGCUUUUCAACAAAGGGCCAACUUUUACUCGGCCAUGGUCUAUCUGUCACAGAGCAAUUUCUGCUUGCUGGUGUUGAUCAACUUUACCUUACUUAUUUACGGAACAUUUAUAUAUGCACUUUCUCAACUGUGCUGGGGAACCCUACGAAGCGCCGAAGUCGAGCAACUCACAGAACGAGCCUGGUUCGCCAUUACAGAAACAUGCUUAGCCAUGACUAUCUUUCGCGAGGAGCUUGGGGCUUGGUUUCUUGUCAUGUUCACGGCUCUCGUGACAGGCAAGGUAUGGGGAUGGAUCGGAGACGGCCGAGUCGAGUUUCUGGAACAGCAACCGCCCGCGAAUCCCCGCCUCUUCCAUACCCGCCUGACUGUCUCGCUUCUCAUGAGCUUCGUUUACGACGUCUGGAUCCUUCGAUACUGCAUCAAUACCGUUAUUCAAGAAGCUAGAGCCGAUAUGAUGGUUAUGUUCCUCUUCGAAUUUGCCGUUCUUGCAACCACCUCCGGACGGUCUGGGGUCCGAUACAUACUCUCCAUCAUUGAGCAGAAGAUGAUCCAGACGCAGACGCAAGCACGACUUCUGGAGCGCAAACAAGAGCUUCGGGAGCAGAGAGAUGCAAUUAUACGGCAGCGACAAGAGGCGGCUGCUAGUGGCCAUCCAGCCGAUGCCGAAGAACCGCUGCCUAAUCCAGACGACGUUGACGAGAUGGACAUUGAGGUGCCUGGCUGGGCGACAAAGGGCGAAUGGGUGCUAUGGCUGGAUCUCUUAACAGGCAAGUUGCCAAACGCAUCCUCCGAAGCUUGCCACUAA